AAAGUGUAUCUUUAAAGGAAAUAAUAUUUUGAUGGUUUACUACCACUGUUUGUUUUUAUUUUAUUUUAUUUUUUUCUUUCGUUCUUAACAAUCCGGAUUAAACCGGAUAGUGUUUUCCGUUUCGUAUUUUAGAAAAACCAAAUCGUGUCAUCCGGGUCACAGGUUUACUUUAAAUAAUAUACGCCAGAGGAAAAUAGUCGUGAUUUAGAAUGAAUUUUUAGUUUCUACGCUAUUUUUAAACGUAAGUUUAUGAAAAUUAUGACAUUUUACAAGUCUCUUGUUUUAUUGAAAAAUAUUAAUAUAUUUCAAAAAGUCUGUUCAUGAAUUAGUUGUCCAUCUUAAACCGAGUCCGCCAUUUUGUUUAGUUUCAGUUUGAGAGUGCAUUUUAGACAUCGAGGGAACUUUAAACUCCCUCCUAAUAAAAUCUUUGUUAAAAACAUGUUAUUUUAUGUCCCAUUUGCUAUAUGAAUUGUAGAUGCUAUUGUUCUCACCGUUUUGGAACCCUUACCGGACAACAUUGAUCAUGGAGAGUCGGUUUCAAACGGAAAAAAAGAUCACAACUUUAGUAAUACAUGUCCUUGCUCUUGUGAUAUAGAACGAGAGUUACCCCUUGCUAUCUUUAGGGAAAAUGUCCUUAGAAACAUUUUAUAGGCUCAAAUAAUUCCUGUCUUUGUCUCUCUCCAAUAUUAAAAUAGCACAACUGAAGUAUUUUUUCCCCCCAACUCAUGUCCUAUGCUAAGCAGGGCUCAAAGAGCAUUAUCGCGCAGAGCCCAAGGAACACGACUGUAUGCUCCUUGUCCAGGAACACUAAGAAUAAAUUUUUUUUUGUCAAUGAAUAAAUGCAUAACACGCGUAGUGAUCAGUUUUAUUUGGGCUGACACGGCAAAGGGUUAUGGUUGGGCUACCGCUUAUUUCAUCAACUUGUGAUGAUUUGAGGGUAGCAAUGACCUCAUACAGGAUGCUUUUAAUAGAUUUAGUUCUAGUACUCCCCACUACAUAAAAAAGGUAAAACUGUAGGAAAGAUUAUAUACUUUGUAUUAUAGUAUAUAUAGGAGAAGGGGAGGGGAAAAUCUGUGGCUGGACAGGGAAUCGAACCUGGGACCCCUGCAUUUCUAGUCCGGUGCUCUAGCCACUGAGCUACCCAGGCCAAUAUCCAUGGUCCGUAUAGUACUAAUAACUACAUUCCUCCCUCCUUAAUUUGUCUUUGCCCUCGAAAACGCACAACCCAAUGGUUCCAUUCGCCCGUCAGCUGACAACUUGUAGUGCAGGGGUGGUCAACGGCACUAAAUGUAGUAUAUAUAGGAGAGAGGAGAAAAUCUAUGGCUGAACUGGGAGUCGAACCUGGGACCCCAGCAUUACUAGUUAGGUGCUCCAACCACUGAUCUACCCAGGCCGAUACCCACGAUUCAAUGGCAACAACCAAUAGCAGGAAAAGUCUAAGAACUCCCAAACCAAACCAGAAAUAUGUCUCGUAUGUCACAGGAAAGAAGAUAAAAAAAUCAGAUGAAGUGGACCUAGAAAGUGAAAGUUCAUCCGACAGCGAAGUGGAGGAGGAAACCAAUUCCUCUCCUAAUUUGUCAUCACCAUUCAAACCAGUAAAUGGCAAUACAACAGAAACAGUUGUGAAAAGGAGUAGGGGCAGACCGAGAAAGAUCCCUCUAUCAGAUGGUGACCCAAAGAGUGGAUCUCAUAAAGAAAAGCUGUCGGGGGGUGAGGAUAAUCUUGGAUCCACCACAGAUGAUCAAUCAAAGACAGAAAUCUCACGUAGGACACCAAAGAGAAGGGGAAGAAAAAGGAAAGUGAAACCAGAGGAGGACGGUGGAGAAUAUGAUACAGAGCAGAGUGGUGAUGGAGAUAAUCGAGCAAAAAGUCGGGCAUGGGAGUCGGUUCAACCUCAAUUUCUCACCCUGGUGAACAUCUUGAAGGAGGCUGAAAUUGAUGUGCUUCUAAUGACUAAUUGGUUAAGGGGGUACACUUUCCAGUACAAUGGCUCAGAGAGAGGGGUGAAGUUCAUCGAGGAGAGGGUGGGCUUCACAGAGGAGUUUCUCAAUCAGGUCUUAAAUAACAGGGGCGAGAAGUUGAAAGAUUCUCAAAAGGGAGAGCACUCUAAGUUCAUCUGGAAGAUCGUGGAGAAACAGUUACAGACUUUGGUUUCUGAUCUGUCCUCUGCUGGUGUGGAGAGCUUGAUCCUGUCUUCCGUGAUGGGACUAGAAGACUACGGUUUUGCUGGAUCCACCAAAGGACUGCAGUUCUUAGGAGAUCGGAUGGAGCUCAAGAACCUCUUUGUUGCUUACUGCUCAGAUCAAGAAAUCCCCAAUGCUAAAUUCCAGCAACAGUCCGUCUUCAUGGACUGGUACCAGUGUUUUGGUGGAGAGCCGUACGAGGAGGAAUUUUACGAGUCUCCGAGCCAGGAUUUCCCCGGACAAGUCCUGACUGUCAAACCGCAGGCCAAGAGAAAGAAGGUUGAUAUGCCCUUAGUGAUCACUCCACAGAUGGAGGAAAAUCCACAGUGUCCCGUCUGUAAGAAGAAGUGUCAGAGUAUUCAGGUGCUGAAGAGUCACUAUCAGAUUCAUUAUAAAGGGAAGGAGUUUGAGUGUGUGAUGUGCUAUCAGUCAUUUACGAAAAAACUCGAAUUAAAUCAACAUCAGACUGAGGUUCACGGUAAUGAGGAAACUAAUCAAGAGAUGGGAACUGAUGUGGAGGGUGGAGACGUGAAUAAUGUCGAGACAAAUGAAGAAAACAAAGAUGGUGGAUUUGUACUCCGUGCAGUCACGGAAGACGAUUUUCUGGCAGACGUGCAGGGAAUCACUUUUGAGAACAGUACUCAAGUAGAUGAGUCCGAUUUACCAGAUGAAUUGGAAAAUACAAACGAAACAGAAAGGAUCACUGGUGAAACUGAUGAUAUUGAGCAGACGAUUGAAAAUUUAAAGGAAAUCGUUGAAACUCAUGAAGUUAAGAAAGAAGACACUGAUGACGCUGAGUUUGAUGAUGAGGAAACUCGAGAAGAUAUGAGGGAUGGUAGAAUCAAAUGUCUUCAGUGCAACAGAAUCCUGAAAAAUGAAUUCAUGUACAGAAAGCAUGUAGAGCAUCAUGGGGCAAAGAAAGACGUAGAAUGCAAAGUUGAUGGGUGUAUCAAGAAGUUCAAACGAGCUUGGGACAUGGAGUACCACAUGAUAACCAUUCACGGCUACGUCAAGAUAGCGGCUGGGAAUAUAGUACGGCCAGAAGACGUUCCGCCGGGUACAAAGCUGAAGAAAGUCAAGAGGAAGAAAAGGAAGGGCGAGCCAGAGUCCGAUAGCGAUGAGGAGCCCUUUAAUCCAAUCAAAGCCUUGAAAGGAACAGAAUGCCCCGAGUGUCAUGCAAAGUUCAAAACACUAGCGAUUCUGAAAAGACAUUAUGAGAUUCAUUUAGGAGAGAAAUCAUUCAUCUGUGAAGUCUGUUCUAAGAAUUUUCUACGAAAAUAUGACAUGCACAUUCAUCAGAUGAAAUGUCACGGGUAUAAGAAAAUCGGAAAAGGGAAAGUAGGGCCUCCAGAAAAUGAAAAUAAGCCAGAUCCUUUUGAUGUGUCUCUCUUUGGAGAUAGGACUCAUUCUUCAGGAAGGAAAAAGACACCCUUACACUGUGACUUCUGUGAUGUGGUUUCUCUGAAUCUGACAAAGAAAGUUGCACAUUUAGAGGAAUGCCACUUGCAUGAAAACCCAUUCAAAUGUCCAAACUGUGAACUGACUUUUCCAUUGAGGAGGAAGAUGAAGGUGCAUUGGUACUCUAACCACGCUGAAAAGAAACACAAAUGUAGUCAGUGUGACAAAACUUUCCUCUUCAAGUUCCAUUUGAGAGACCACGAACAAAUGUUUCACAAUGAGAAUGGCUUCCUGUGCACCCUAUGUGGAAAGAGUUUCCAUCUGUUGAAGUACCUGAAAAAGCACGAACAAAGGCAUGAGGAGGAGCUAUCCUACGGCAUAGAUCCAAAUGCCCCCAAGGUUUACGAAUGUCAGUAUUGUAAUGAAGUUGUGACGGGCAUUUCUGCCUAUCAGAAUCAUAUGAAACAACAUCCAGAUGUUGAGGAUCGCAAGUUCGAAUGUGAAGUCUGUCACAAAAGGUUUUUUCAACAGGGUCAUUUGAAGCGACAUAUGUACGUCCAUGUGCAGGAAAGAAACUAUGACUGUCAGUUCUGUGAUAAGAAAUACAAGGACCCAGAAACUCUUAAGAAGCAUCACAUCGCCUUUCACAACGUAAAGGAGAUGAAACGGAAGACUUACCGCUGUGAAGAGUGUGACAAAGGCUUCCUAAGCAUGGGUCAUCUUAGUAGACACAUGUUGGGACAUACGGGAGAAAAACCAUAUUCUUGUGACAUUUGCGACAAGAGGUUCACUGAAAAGGCGGGAAAAAUCAACCAUGAACGAAUCCACAGUGGGGAGAGACCUUUCGUCUGCAAGGUGUGUGGAAGAGCAUUUGUCCAGGCCACACACCUUCGUCGACACAUGUUCCUACACUCCCAAAUCCGGAAUUUUGUAUGUGGUAUUUGUAAGAAGAGAUACUAUCAAAAUGAGGACCUGAAACGGCACAUGCUCACGCAUUUGAAUAAGAAAUCAUAUAAAUGUAAUAUGUGUGACAAGUCUUACUAUCAGUUAGGCAGUUUAAACCAGCACAUGCGCUGUCAUACAGGGAAAAGGCCGUUCCAAUGCAGUGUAUGCAAGGCUUGCUUCUCUCAGAAAAUUGCCAUGAUCGUGCACAUGCGCAAACAUACUGGAGAAAAACCUUUCAAAUGCGAGACAUGUGGAAAAUGUUUUAUAAGCAAACGAAUGUGCAAGGAGCAUAUGAUAACCCACGAGCACAAAUACAUUGCUUUCACGUGCUUCAAGUGCGAAAGAGAAUUUCCAACCGAAAACGACCUUAAGGCACAUGUGACGAUUGAACAUCCUUUGGAAAAAAUAGAACAGGUGGUUAAAGUUGUGGUGGCCGAUGAUCCAGCAGCGAAGGUAGAACAUAUUGUAGAGCCUGAAAAGGAUGAUGAAGAUGAAGAUGGCGUCUUGAACACUUGUGACAUUUGUAUGAUGAGUUUCCCGGAUGUGGAAGGACUAGAAAAACAUACAGUGGAGGAUCAUAAAAGUGAAAAUGAAAAUGUUUGUGAACUUUGUUUGGGGACUUAUGAAAACCAGGAACAGUUUGCCGAUCACUUGGUCAAAGAGCACGGACUUAUUGAGGUUGAAGAUGGCUAUUUCGUCCAGCUUCAAGCUAUGCCGGUAGAGGAAUUAUCGACAGACAAUCCAUCCAAGUAUCUCAGCACGAAACACAUCACUGAUGACGAAAUCCACGCGGAGAUUGAUGGAAAACAUAUCAUUAUUCAAAAUAUUGGUGGACUUUUGAACACGAAUCAGAAUGCAUUGCCUGAAAACAUAGUGAGUGCGCCAAUCGAAUCACCUUCCAAAAAAAGUGGCAGUGCUCAGGUUACUCCAAAGAAGAUGACGACGAUUCAGGAAGAAGAUGGAUCUAUUCUACACAUUGUGUCCCCCUCGUACGAAAUUCCCGCCACACAACCAGACGGCCCCGUUCUGGCCGAAUUCCCUUCGCAGAUUGAAAACGCAACGGAAGUUCGUAUGAUAGACCCAUCACAAACGGUGGACAUAAAUCAGGCGGGACAAGUCAUCAUUGCAACAACAGAUGGCGGAAAAACUUAUUUCACCCUACCGCCUGGAAUGCAGACGACAGAUAACUUACCCAUCGAAACUUCCCCAGACGACAUUUUGCAGCAGGUUACAGAAGAGGUAAUUUCCACGCAGGAUUUCCAGCCAGAAACUGUCAACAAUAAUAUGGAAACUACGUUGUCGGAAAUUGCUUUUGAUCAAGAUGGAGGUAUUUCUGAGUCUACAGCAGCGAAUCUGGCAGCCAUGUAUGGAACCGAUCGUAUCAUUUACCAGGAAGAGAGAAAUGACGGGACGGAAGUUGUUCAUGUGUAUGCGGUGGUCACCGAUUCCUGAGUUGAGUGACAUUUACGGUGAUAUCAAUCUGUGUUCAAUGCUAGUAUCUGUAUUACCACUUUGUUCUUCGUUAUUUAUUUUCCAUAUUGUUUUAAUCCGAGAUUAAAUGUGUGAGCUACGAA